UCUUAGUUUCACUGAGUGCACGAGCGAGUUCACGAGAGUAACAUACUGCUCGUAACGUGAAGAGCUAUUGUGUACUGUUCGCCAAGGUGCCUGGAUUUUACACAGUGAUAAUUGCAAACAGGGUUAAUCUGCUCAGAGUGAAAAGUAAAAGACAGGGAAACAUAAGCAUCAGAACAAAAGAAUGGGGUUUUUAAGCAUGUGGCAAAACAGGCAAGACGGCGGUUGGUGUCUUCAUCUGUCUUGGUUCGGCUGCCUCCUGUUGCUGAUGCUUGCCCUUGCUCAGAGGACCUCCGCGGGGGUCCUGCGGAGCUCUGAGUCGUCGUCGUUUGAGGACUUCUUGGAAUUCAAAGCCCUGAAAGACAGCAACGAGUUCCCCAGCAUCAGCAACAACGACGACAUUCCCAUCAACAAUCAGAUCAACUCGUCUGGACUGGUCUUCAGCAACAUGGACUUCAACUUCCCCAACUUCCCCACCGGGCCGAAGUUCGAGUGGAGGGACAUUCCCACGCCGCCCAAGAUCAACUGGCAUGAUCUCCCCACGCCGCCCAAGAUCAACUGGCAUGAUCUCCCCACGCCGCCCAAGAUCAGCUGGCAUGAUCUCCCCACGCCGCCCAUGAAGAACUGGCCGGAUUUCCCCACGCCCGACUGGAACAAGGCCUACGAGGGCGACAGUGUAAACACAUCGACCUACGGCUACAGCCACGGUCGCAUGUUGUUCAUUCCCAUUGGGGCCAUCCUCUUCCUGAUCAGCGUGUGUAUCCGCGUAUGCAUUUGCAACACAAGGAAGCCCGCCCCCACCACGAUAACUGUCGUCAGGAGAACCGUCGUCAUCCCCGUGGAAAGCCCAGACGUCGAGGAGGGCACGGACCAGCCCCCUUCGUACGCGGACGUGCAGAAGGAAGACUCUCCUCCUCCUUACUCUGAAGUGUCUACCCCUGCCGCUUCACACACUGCGCCGGAGGCCACAGAACAACCCACUACUUCAAACGUAGAGGGCGGCGCCGAUCAGACCUCGACCGCAGACACGCCCUCCGCUCCAGAAGGGACGUUGGCGACAAACGUGUUCUCAGGGCGCCCCAAGUUCCUUCAGUCACAGUACUCGUACAAGCCCCUCGAGUAGAGCACGACUUCCAGUCACGACUUCUCACCAUGCCAAAAUCUAAAAUGGGGUGGCUGCUUGUACAUGACGUCAUUUGGAUUUUUUAUUGGCUCGAGGCGAACUUUGCCCGUUCGUAUGGAGAAAAUGAAAGAGGAAAAGAGUUUUAUAAUUAAAGGAAUGGUCAGAGAGGGAAUGGGCGUAGAUCUUAAAAAAAAAAAAAGAAAAAAAAGAUACAAAGUGUGAAACAAAAAGAGAGAGAAAACGGAAGUGAGGAAACGAUAUACACUAGACUGUCCGUAGGGUGAAUCUGCCUACCAGGUCUGGCUCUUGAGUUGGCAACACUCGUCUCGCGCACUCGUCUCCAGGUGUAUGCAACUUGGGACGAAGUGGAUGGAAAUUCAAGCCCUUCUUCCCACUAUGAAUAAUUACAUAAGAAACCGAAAUAAUCUGGAAAAAAAAACACUAAAUCGUUCUCUCAAUUUUUUGGAAUACUCGGAAUGCCUUAAAAUAUUUUGAAAAAAAAAGUGAACAAGGGAAGAAACAAUCACGUGAUGUAACCUGACUGCUUGCCUUGCCUGCGAGAGAGAGAGAGGGAGGGAGGGAGGGAAGGGGGAUCUUCCGACACUCGCAAGAAUGUCGCAACAGACCUGCGCCAAAUUCCUUGCAACCAUCUGCGCUGAGUGGCUCUUUCCUCUGGUGAUGUGCGUUGGUGUUUUUGAAGUACUUAGGCCUUAGGUGCUAAACACGAUAAAGAAGGUUGGAUAUUAAAGUAUAAAAGCAAUGAGUGAGAUUGUGAGUAAUCAAACUAGCCUUUUAGUUUGUUAAAUUCUUGCAUUGUUCUUUUUUCUUUUUUAUUCAACACGGUCGAUUCUGUGAUCCUUUCUUUGUGAUAUGUGAUUGGUGUAGAGUUUUUCUCUUUUCCUUUCUUUUCUUUUCUUUUCUUUUCUUUUUAUAGGAUUCUUUUCCCAAUGAAUCGAUGUUUACUGAUGUUUUUCUUUCUGUUUUUCCAGUGUGAAAUGGCUGCAUUGUAGCAGACCAGGUAGUCUUUAAAUGUACUUUCCCGUUGUGUUCGUUUUGUAUGUAUAACGAAAAGUAAAGGGUUGGGUAUCUUGAUAAAUCUGGUUCAGUAAACCAUAAUAAGUGCCUUUAUUUUUUACGUCUGAGUAUUUGUUAUUUUCCCUUUGAGUAUUUGUUAUUUUCCUUUUGAGUAUUUGUUAUUUUCCCUUUCUUUUCUUUUAUCAAUGUCACCAUAUUUUCUACCGUUUUCUACCGCAUCAUUUCCAUUAUCCAUUUUCUGUCAUACACACACACAAAAACCCUUUUUGUGUCGUGUAUUCAUUCGUUAAACAGUUGUGAUAAUUGGUCGUAAGGAUAGUAAGAGAACUAUUGCUAGUUUUGUGUUUUUGUCUGCUUAAGGCAAAUAGAAAAAAAAAAUGCUCCGUUGUAUGGAGCAAAGAGUGAAAGAACAUUUAAACUAUUUAUUUUUUUGUUUAUAGAUUGUUGUUUAUAUAUUUUUUUUGUAUCAUGUAUUUUUUUAUGAGGCUUAAUUCGUGUGGAUAAUAUUGAAGAUAUAUAUAUAUAUACAUAUAUAUAAAGUUACAUGAAAUUUAUAAAAUUUAAAUUUAUGACUCGAUGCAAAGUUGACCGCCUUGCUAAUAUGUUGAUUUUCUGUUAUACUCUCAUUAUUCAUCAAAUAAUCAUCUUGAACAUUAUGACUAAUCCUGUGUAAUAAGUUUACUGUGAUUCACUUCUACGCUGUGAGAAUGUUUGUACUGCUGUAAUAACACCUUUUAGAGUUAAUAGGAGUUGCUUCCCAAGUUUAUUUUCCUUCAAUCAAAAAAGAAAAAAGAAAAAAAAAAAAGGAAAAUCUCAAAAUAUAUCCUAAUGUAUUUUGUUACGUUGUAUCAUGUGAACGAAAAUGUAUUGUAGAUGAAGAAAAUAAUGAUCAUUAAAAAAAAAAAAAAAAAAAGGAAAUCAAAUCUCAAGUGACCUUUGUAAGAGCAGAAAUAUCUGUGCCAUUUUUUUGAAACCGUGAAAUGGUUAAAUUUAUGACAGUUUUAUGACUCGACAGUUGUAUGAAAAAGUAAAGAAAUAUGACCAUAGAGGAAUAGAACUGUUUUAGAGACCUACUUCAGUAUCAUAAUUAGUAUUUUAAGUUUGUUUAAUAAAUUCUCUUGAUAAA